AGACACAUCAGUUCGCAUGUAGUAGAUACCUGCUAAGGGUAUCUCAUCCAUGUUUCCCAAAAUGUUUACCUUGUUCACAACGAUUUGAAAGAAAGAAUGACCAAACCGUUAGCGACGUAUCACGUGGCGAAUAUGCUUUGUCGCGACUAGUCGUUGAUAAAGCGGUGCCAGCACUACCCCGUUGCCACGACCAUGACCACGCCGACUCGCCUCGUGUGCAGCCUAGGAGGUCGUGCCCUCUUUCUCCUGGCACAACAUUCUCUCCUAUGGUUUUUACCAUGUUGCGAGAUCUCGGCUGUUGCUACGGAACGAAAUUUCUUGAAGCGGAAUGGUGGAGCGACGAAGAGGACCUCGACCAGCGUCCAGAAACAAGGUGAAAUUUUUGGCGUGAAACGUGAUCAGAGGUAUGCGACCUGACAGUACGGCCCGUAGACCGUUGUUUAUUUUAUGCAUCACUAAAUCACGUGAGGACUUCCCACAACUUUACAUCUCUAUUGGUAAUUCUCUCCUUCGACAGUAAAGUGUUUUUUCGUAUUUCGAUAUUAGAUUGUUUAAGAGGGACUCCGUCCUGAUAUUAGAUAUAGAGUGUGAGUAGUUUUUCUCCUUUUGUGUCAUUCCCAUAAAUGUGGGGACUCAAUGCGAAUGCGUCCGUUGUUUAAAAUCGUUUUAGAAGAUUUAGAAGAGCAUGUUGCUUCCUCUUCCUCUUUCAUCUGUUUUGUGACGACGAUGCGAGCAACUCGUUCAUCGACGCACAUCACGGUUUUCUGCAGCAGCAACAUAUUACUACCGGUCUGGGUCAGCAACAACAUACAGCGGACAAAGUACAGCCUCAGUGUGCCUUUGACGAUGCGCUAUUUCGACUGUCGGCAGAGGACAAGGAAACCCUACUGGCUGAAAUAUCUGGCAUGCGACCCGAUGUAGACUUCGUGCAAACCGGAGGAUCGCACGUCUGCGCCACUUGGGGUCAACCGUGUACCUGUUCUGGCGGUUACGUCAUCUUUGGCGUUCCACACCUGGGCUUGUGGAGUCCAGCUCAGGCUGUGCCUGAAGUGGCGGACAAUGCGGUAGGUGGAACUGGAAGCUUGACAUGCGGAGCAGGAAUGGGAUUGAGCGCGCAAUUUUUGUUAUGAAUCAGUGGGGGACCGAAAGUGAAAGUGACUCCUUAUUUGAAAGUUCUACUGACCAUUGCACAGGUCCUCGCUCGAUAAUCGCAAAGCCUAGGCUUUAAAGCGAAGAUAAUCUAGAAGUUUUGUCUGCUUGGCUACGGAAACUAAUCAAAACAAUCACACCUCCUUGACGUCUUCCAUUAACCCCACAUUCAUACUUUGCUCAAGUCGAACCCUUCUCCGCUCUGUCCGAAUGCCACUGCUAUGGCCAGGCACCUGCGUCUUUUCACUUGCAGCGACGUCUGAACUCAGUGUCUACCCUUCAAGAGGCAUGGAUUUUUCUGCUGCGGCUAUUGAACCGUCGAAAGUUACUUCCACUUGGCACGCGCGAUUCGCUUUACCACGGUCUGGAAAACUGGAGCAAGCGCUCAACUGAAGUCGGCAGUGUACCCAGAGUCCCGGAGCACUACUAUGUCAACAGGUACUUGUCUGUAGCUUACCAUUACGGAAGAUUUAGCUUUAGUCGUGCUUGUCGUUGCAGAUACGAACGUGAUGUACUACUCGAUGUAGUGCUUUUGAUUUUACAUGCCACUUGCACUUCGACCACCCGAGAGUCCAACUUUUGUAGAAGUUACAGAUGCAGUAUGGGACCUCUUUACGACUUGUACUAGGUCGAGUACAAGUAGCUAGUGUAAAGAUGCUGGUGGAAAGGAAUGUCAUUACCUAGGCUUCAUCUUUCUUUCUAUCCGCUACAACCAUCAGAUACAUGGUUGCUUUGCGACAUAUGCCCCAGCUUUUUCAAGUCCGGCGUCCGCCGGCAUUAGUAGAGACGAGAAAAACUGCGGGUCACAGUGAGCGCCGCGAGUCUAUACGCUGUGGUGAGUGGGCCGAGCUCAACUACAUCCACCUCUUUCGCAAUGUCUGCGAGGAAAACAUUGCGUUUAGGUAUUCCCGUCGUUUCUGCCUAGAUCUACACUUUCUGGCGCUCUGAGAAUGGGCCUGCUGAAACUAUGGAGCGACCGGGGAAAGGGUAUGGGCGCCACGCAUUUCGUCGCUGCAGUCACGCCCGAAGCAACCGCGGCAGCGCUGAAGGGAUGCGCAGUAGGCUGCGCGUGUAAUCAAUUGCAAGGCGCGGCCACCCACUUCAAAAGCCACGGGGGCCCAGUGCUGCCGAAGCGGCUGCAACCUUGGCAAGAAAGGCCCAGGCGUGGCCUUGUUGCCUCCGCUUCUACAAGGGCAAGCUUGCUAGUUUAUAGGUGCUAGCUGCGCGGUAGUGCACCUAUCUGACUCGGGAACUCCGAUAGUUUUCGGUAGAUAUGGCGGACGCCUUCAGCCUUCUUCUAAGUUGAAACCUGCGCACGUUUGCGAGGGCUCGGGGCUUGGGCCUCGGUCGCCGCUUUUCACGAAUUCGGGCCCAGCAUGCAGCUCGCUGCGCGAGCGCGGGCAACCCGUGCGCCACCGCGUGCAAAAUUUGCCACAGCCGUGGGCAGCCAGCGAGUUCUGCAGCGCCGUCCGUGGACAUAUCGUGCGGCCUGCCUCUGGAGAAUAAAUCAGGCGGGGAAAAGGAAGGCGGGGCAGCUGGCUGGGUGAGGUUUUCCUUUGUUGAUUGAUAUGGUGCGAAAAAAGAUGGAGGACUGUGCCGUCUGUGUGAACUUGGACGGCCAACAACAGGCGGCCCAAGUCGCCUACUUCUUUCGUUGAUGGCGUUGCGUGUGGCUCUUGUGUGUGAGAGGGUUGGGGCUCGCUUGGUGUUCGGAUGAACGUGAAGCCGCCCGUCGUCAGGUUUCGGGGCUUGUUAGCUGCACUCGUGGGCGCUUAGCAGCUGCGCACUUUCUUGCAUGGAUGGAGAGUAGAGGGCGCAUGACUGGAGGGAGAGCAGGGGGCGCCUGGCUGCGUUCGUAUGCGGUUGUGAGAGAUUGACGGAGGACCAGGACGCCCCGCGCGCAUCCUCGCUCGCCCACGACUGACCGCCUUGUGCUAGGGAGUUCGGCGCUGGCUUAUGAAUAAACUGCCCGAGCGAGCCCGCGUGCGCGGGGGAAGGUUGGCCAGAGCCAGGGGCCACGCGCUCGGGGGCUGCGCACGGGGCUUGCGUCAAGUUAUGGCUGACACUUGAAACCCUCCGACCCUCGUGCAGCCUUGCUUGGUUGUACCGCGGCCGUGGGCAUUUAUCUAUUUCGCCUGGUCUUGGUUUGUUGUAUGUGUUGUAUGAUGUCUUUUGGUUAGCUUCGAUGAUGUAGCACGUAGCGAUGUGAGAAACACCGGACUAACAAACACGCACUAGCUCAUGACGCACGGCUUUCUGUAAUCCUUCAGGUAUGAGCCGACUUUGCAGGGUGUCCCUCCGCAUCUGGACUUGGUGUCGCACACUUUAUGGCGCGUUUUGUGGUCAAGAAUUGCGUUCAGUGGGACUCGGUUCAGAUUCCAUAGUCAUGUUGUACAAUACCGAGUUGACAGGUCGUGUCCAAUGUUAUUUCUGAUGCCCUGACUUAAGUGCAAGAAGGUCUCCGCCCAAGGGUCGGAGUCGUACGAAGUUUCUCCCUUGUUAAAUCGAUUCGCAGCUUCUUCUGUUCCUGGUAUGUGCUAUACGCCAGCUACAGGCAACAUUCAGACUUCUUCUAAUGCUGCUUUACGGCGACAUCUUGGACUACCCGCGAUUGUUGCGCGAGAGUGGAGGACAGCCACUGGACCUGAUCAUCGCAACGCAAGUAUGGGAACACCUUCCGCAACCUCAAGAAGCAGCUAAGGCUUUAUUCCACUCCCUGCAGAGCGGUGGCCUCGUCUUUUUCAGUGUCCCGCAGCUAGCGCAAUACCAUCAGGUACCCGGCGACUAUUUCCGCUAUACGAAGUUAUGACUCUGGGUUCUGUUGAGUAGUAAACCAACGUGUUGACCAGUCCUCGUGUAACAACUACAAAACGCUUUAUAUUGUCAACAGGCCUACGCUUAGCUUUUGCAUCUGGAUUUGCUUUAGCACUGAAGGUUUGAACUGGCAAAUCAUGGAUGAAGGUAGACUGCUUGUUUUGUGCAGCAGCUUUUUUUUUUUCACAAGACGCAAUAAUUCGAAGCCUUGUGUCUUCUCUGUGAGUGAAUAGGAAAAGAUACGCUCUAAUACCAGAAGGAGUUCAUCUCCUUUUCAGUGCUGCAGGCUUCUGCGUCCCGAAGACACUGAUGGCGUCGGGUGGCGACUACAUCUGGGAUAUCGCCAGGGAUGCUGGAUUGCAAACAUUAGGAUUUAGAGUUUAGAGAACCUUUAACUUUAUGCAUCACUAUGAUUUUCACUUUUAUUGUGCAUGAUGCAUAACCUAGCCUCACCUAACCUAACCUAACCUAGCCUAACCUUAUAGCAUCACCCACCACCCCCUCCGCGACUUCUCUUUCAUACGUGGCCGACUUCACGAUGGAUGAGAUGGAUGCGGCGUUUAAAUGGGGCUACGACCAGAUCUCGGAUGGAGCGUCGACCAUUUUUGCCGUGGCCAUCAAGCCUCCGCACCCGCAUCCAGAAUGCAGCCUCGUUGUGCCGUAAUGGUAAUGAAAAGCAAGAGAAAGAACGCUUUAUCUCAACAUGCAUAGAAAAGGAGCAGAAGCGCAGAAAUGGAGAGGAUUUUUUUGUUGUGCCGUAUAAAGAGGGUGGCAUGCAACGGCAGAUGAGUAUUUAAACGCUUGGUAUGUAAGGAUUUAUUACUUCUAGUUUUUUCCAGACGGUAAUGAAUCAGUUCAUUCUGAUAGAUGACACUGAAAACAUGGCAUCGAACGGGGUAGAGGUUCAUCUUUCAUGUUGUUCAACAUUGUUUUUUCUAGUUAUAUAGGACGAGCUACAUGUGGGUAAAUGAUAUCAUCAAUGUUUAGAUGAAUGGGCAUAGUGCUCCUGAAAAGUUUCCGUUCAAUGAGAGUAAUGCUCUGAGUCUAUAAAUUUUUACACACGACCUAUCCCUUGCGGAUUUUAGGUGAUGGACCUACAUCGAGAAUCAGAGCUCGAAUCAAUACAGUGAGUUUUUCUACAAUGCGUAGUGAAUCAUGGCUUUAGCGGACGAGCCUUUAUCGCACCAGUCUCUAUCCGCACUGAGUACAAGACUAACUUUGGUUCUUUCGCUUCUGUCGUGAGUGCCAUACAGAUCUCAAUUUUGAUAUGUUGUCG